CCGCGUCCUUUCCUCGGUGUGAUUCCGUCCUGAGCGGAGCCCCUCGGGAGCCAGAUCCGAUCUCUCCGUCCUCCUCAUCGCUCUCCUCUCCGCCCUGCUCUGCUUUCCUUAAUAUCGCUGCUCAGAAUGGAGGACUCCAUGGAAAUGGAUAUGAGCCCCCUCCGGCCCCAGAAUUUCCUUUUCGGUUGUGAACUAAAGGCUGACAAAGAUUAUCAUUUUAAGGUAGAUAAUGAUGAAAAUGAGCACCAGUUGUCAUUGAGGACUGUGAGUCUAGGGGCUGGUGCAAAGGAUGAAUUGCAUAUUGUUGAAGCAGAGGCACUGAACUAUGAAGGAAACCCAAUUAAAGUAACACUGGCAUCUUUGAAAAUGUCUGUUCAGCCUACCGUUUCCCUAGGUGGCUUUGAGAUUACACCACCAGUAGUUUUGCGGUUAAAAUGUGGUUCAGGGCCUGUACAUGUGAGUGGCCAGCACUUAGUAGCACUGGAGGAAGAUGCAGAAUCAGAUGAUGAAGAGGAAGAUGAUAUGAAACUCCUAAACAUGUCUGGGAAAAGAUCUGCUCCUGGAGUUGGUAGCAAGGUUCCACAGAAAAAGGUAAAACUGUCUGAAGAGGAUGAAGAAGACGAUGAAGAAGACGAUGAAGAUGAAGAUGAUGAUGAUGAUGACUUUGAAGAUGAGGAAAGUGAAGAAAAGACCCCUCCAGUGAAGAAAUCUGUUCGUGAUACUGCAGCAAAAAAUGCACAAAAAUCAAACCAGAAUGGAAAAGAUUCAAAGCCGUCCACACCAAAAGCAAAGGGUCAAGAUUCCUUCAAAAAGCAGGACAAGACUCCCAAGACUCCCAAAGGACCCACUUCUCUAGAGGAUAUUAAAGCAAAAAUGCAGGCAAGCAUUGAAAAGGGUGGUUCCCUCCCAAAAGUGGAAGGCAAAUUCAUCAACUAUGUAAAGAAUUGCUUCCGGAUGUCUGAUCAGGAGGCUAUUCAAGAUCUCUGGCUGUGGAGGAAAUCUCUUUAAGAAAAUAAGUUUGAACAGUUUGUUAAAAUUUUCCGUCUUAUUUCUGUAACAGUUGAUAUCUGGCUGUCCUUUUUAUAAUGCAGAGUGAGAACUUUCCCUACCGUGUCUGAUAAAUGUCGUCCAGAUUACUUUGCCAAGAAUGUGUUGUCCAAAAUGCCUGUUUAGUUUUCAAAGAUGGAACUCCACCCUUUGCUUCAUUUAAGUAUGUAUGGAAUGUUAUGAUAGGGCAUAGUAGUAGUGGUGGUCAGACAAAUGGAAAUGGUGGGGAGACAAAGUAUACAUGUGAAAUAAAUUCAGUAUUUUAAUAAAGUAA